AUGCAGAAUGUUCCUUUAUUAGUUGUUGGUAAUAAACAAGAUCUAAUAGUACCUGAGGAAGGUACUAGUAAUAGUUCCAAACCAGCCAUAACGAGUAGUAACGAUGAAAAACGUAGAGAUAUAGUAAAUUUAGUGAAAAAGCAUUGGAAAUCUGGAUAUAUUGAAUGUAGCGCCAAAUAUAAUUGGAAAGUAGUAGCUGUAUUUAAAGAAUUGAUCAAUAUGAUUGACAAUUUGAGUAGUAGAGAUCAGAGUCCGAUGUUAGAUAAUAUUCAGGAAGCUCUCGAUAGGAAUAAAUGUAUUGUUAUUUGA